AAAUAUUGCCUCCUUUUCAGGCGUCGUGAAGCUGCUGUAAUGGUAAGAGUGGGCUGGAGUAAACAUAACAGAAAACGACUUGUUGAUGUUAAAGUGGGAGUUCGGGGAAGGGGAACCACAAAUUGAUGGGGAAACAAGACUUUUGCACAAUAUCUGUUCCGCCCUUUUGCUCGGUGCGUAGCUAAAAUCAGCCACGGCAGAGACGAAUCUUUCGUCCAGCUAUGCUAGCUUUAGCGGAAGAAUUUAUGCUAGUUGUCAAACGUGCGUAACAGCGAGCUAAAGUAGCCUGACAUUGUUAGCGCAACACUUUGUAUUAUUUAAAAAAAAAUUACUACCAGAUAACGUUAAUAGUACGUUUACAGAUAAACGCCCCAUAAUGAACAAAAAGGAGAAAUAUGCUAAGCUAAAGGCAAGACACUAACGUGACGUUAAGCCUAGCGUUGACACGCAACAGCCCUGUUGUCAGAUCCCGUUCUCUUUUAAUGUUAAGUGCAGACCAGCUGCCAACUUAGUCUAUUCUUUUCAACGCGGAUUUUCUAGUUUGUCCUUACUUCUUCCCACAGUAGGAAGACAUAAGAUGAUGAAACAGGGGGAUGAGGCAAGACAGAUGAGGUAAAUCAAAUGUUCAAAAGCCAAACUAAAUGACCCAAAUCAGGGAGAAGGAAAGUAGGGGGAAAGGCGAGACGUGGAUGAUGAAUUUAUUAAUAUGGAUGGAUGAGGGGAAAUAAAGAGGGUAAAGAGAGCUGAGCGGAUGGCAAGCGGGGAGAAGGUUUAGGAGAGGCGGGGCAGAGGAGAGGAAAAGGGGUGGGAUGAAGGAGAGAGGUAUUUGGAGACAGGCUCAGGUGUGCGUGACUGGAAAACGGAGGGAGCUCGGAGGAUGCACAGACGUUGGACUACAUAUCAUCGGCAGUAUCUUUUCUCUGUGAUACUAACUUAAAGCCUACUUAUCAAGCGGGACCGUGCCUAUGACGGCAGAGAGACAUAUAUUUCAAUAAGGUUGCACUGCUGCACCUGUUUUGACUGUUGCAGUGAUGUUCCAACCUUGAAAUCUGCGAGAAAGAAAUACCAGGAGAAAGGCAUUCAUUGAAGUUAUCCAUUCUCAAUAACUCCUCUGUGCCACAAGCUCUUGCAAUGGCCAAGAAAAGUGUUUCUCAGACAAGUAGUUUCCUGUGACGGCUCUACACAACACAUUUGAGAUCUGCUUCUCCUUUGUUACCUCAACGGACCAAGAUGAUGCUUUGGCUGCUGCUAGAUCUCUCCAUUUGGGUGGGAUCUUAUCAAGCUGACUCUGCCCAGUCUGAACGGCGGGUUGUAGCACACAUACCUGGAGACAUUAUCAUUGGAGCGUUGUUCUCCGUCCAUCAUCAGCCUCCUGCUGACAAGGUACAUGAGCGCAAGUGUGGUGCGGUGCGAGAGCAGUAUGGUAUCCAGAGGGUAGAGGCCAUGAUGCACACACUAGACCGCAUCAACGCUGACCCUCACAUCCUUCCCAACAUCUCCCUGGGCUGUGAGAUCCGGGACUCCUGUUGGCACUCGGCUGUGGCUCUGGAGCAGAGUAUCGAGUUCAUACGGGAUUCGCUAGUCUCUUCUGAUGACGCAGAGGAGUGGGGUGGAGGAGGCCCCUGGGGAGGAGGGGGAGGAGCUGGAGGAGGCGGAGGAGCCGGAGGAGCCGGAGGAGCAACGAUGAAGUGUGCAGACCCCUCUGCCACUCCAAUGCGGGGGAAGAAACCCAUUGUGGGUUUAAUUGGACCAGGGUCAAGCUCAGUUGCCAUUCAGGUCCAGAACCUUCUACAGCUGUUCAACAUACCACAGAUUGCCUACUCUGCCACCAGUAUGGACCUCAGCGAUAAGAGCCUUUAUAAGUAUUUUAUGCGGGUGGUGCCUUCAGAUGCCCAACAGGCAAGAGCUAUGGUGGACAUUGUCAAGAGAUACAACUGGAGCUACGUGUCUGCUAUACACACUGAAGGCAACUAUGGUGAAAGUGGGAUGGAAGCGUUCAAGGACAUGGCAGCCAAGGAGGGCAUCUGUAUUGCCCACUCUGGCAAAAUCUGGAGCAAUGCUGGAGAGCAGAGCUUUGAUCGGCUGCUGGAGAGACUGAGGGGCCACCUGCCCAAGGCUAGGGUGGUGGCAUGUUUCUGUGAAGGCAUGACUGUCCGCAACAUCCUCAUGGCCAUGAGACGCCAGGCACUGGUAGGAGAGUUUCUACUCAUCGGCAGUGAUGGAUGGGCGGACCGGUAUGAUGUAACAGAUGGCUUUGUUAGGGAAGCUGCGGGUGGUAUUACCAUCAAGCUCCAGUCGGCUGAUGUGAAAUGGUUUGAUGAAUACUACCUUAAACUUCGUCCUGAAAACAACCUCAGGAACCCCUGGUUUCCAGAGUUCUGGCAGCAUCGUUUCCACUGUCGUCUUAAAGGUCACCCACAGGAGAGCAGCAAAUACAACCGCACCUGUAGCAAGCGAGAGUCGCUUCGGCAGCAAUAUGCACAGGACACUAAGAUGGGGUUUGUCAUUAAUGCCAUCUACUCAAUGGCAUAUGGCCUGCAUAACAUGCAACGGGCACUCUGCCCAGGCUAUCAGGGACUGUGUGAUGCCAUGCGACCUAUAGAUGGUGCUACACUGCUAGACUUCUUGAUGAAAACCAACUUCACCGGCGUGUCAGGGGAGGGAAUCUUAUUUGAUGUAAACGGAGACUCACCUGGCAGGUAUGAAAUAAUGAACUUCAAAAAGAUGGGGAAGGACUACUACGACUACAUUAAUGUUGGCAGUUGGGACUACAGAGGCUUGAAGAUAGAUGAUGAUGAAAUCUGGCCCAACAGAGACGGCAUAAUCAAGUCAGUCUGCAGUGAACCCUGUGACAAAGGACAGAUUAAGGUGAUCCGUAAAGGGGAGGUGAGCUGCUGUUGGACAUGCACUCCCUGUAAAGAAAAUGAGUUUGUGUUCGACGAGUACACCUGCCGAGCCUGUGAACUGGGCUCCUGGCCUACUGAUGAUCUCACAGGCUGUGACCUAAUCCCAGUGGAGUAUCUGCGGUGGGGAGACCCCGAACCCAUUGCUGCUGUGGUCUUUGCCUGCCUCGGUUUAAUGUUCACACUCUUUGUCACUGCAGUCUUCAUCAGGUUCCGGGACACCCCAGUCGUAAAAUCUUCCAGUAGGGAGCUGUGCUACAUAAUACUGGCAGGGAUCUGCCUAGGGUACCUGUGUACCUUCAGCCUCAUAACCAAACCCCAUGUCAUCCACUGCUACCUCCAACGACUAGGAAUAGGCCUGUCACCUGCCAUGAGCUACUCUGCGCUUGUCACCAAAACAAACCGCAUUGCUCGGAUCCUGGCAGGCAGCAAGAAGAAGAUCUGUACAAAGAAACCUCGCUUCAUGUCUGCCUGUGCUCAGCUCAUCAUUGCCUUUGUCCUCAUACUGCUGCAGCUGGGCAUCAUUGUGGCUCUCUUCCUCAUGGAGCCACCUGCGGUGAUCAAUGACUACCCUAGCAUCCGCCAAGUUGUCCUCAUUUGCAACACCACUAACCUGGGCGUGGUUGCUCCGCUGGGAUACAAUGGCCUGCUCAUCCUCAGCUGCACCUUCUAUGCCUUCAAGACCCGCAAUGUCCCAGCUAAUUUCAAUGAGGCUAAGUACAUUGCCUUUACCAUGUACACCACCUGUAUUAUCUGGCUGGCCUUUGUACCCAUCUACUUUGGCUCCAACUACAAAAUUAUCACCAUGUGCUUCAGUGUCAGCCUCAGUGCCACUGUGGCGCUGUGCUGCAUGUUUGUACCCAAGGUGUACAUCAUUCUAGCCAAACCAGAGCGCAACGUGCGCAGUGCCUUUACCACUAGCACAGUGGUGCGCAUGCACGUGGGCGACGGCAAAUCAUCCUCAGCCGCCAGCCGUUCUUCUAGUCUGGUUAAUCUGUGGAAGCGCAGAGGCUCCACUGGAGAGACACUCAGCUCCAACGGUAAAUCAGUGUCUUGGGCGCAGACUGAGCGCAGCGGUUCACGUGGCAACCACCUGUGGCAACGGCUGUCGUUCCACAUCAAGAAGAAGGAGAACAAUCAGACUGCCGUCAUCAAGCCCUUCUCCAAAACUUUGGAGGAGCGUUACUGUGGAGGGGGGGACCUGCCUCCACAUGUCCCUCUGCCCUCCCUCCCAUCCAUGUCCUCCUUGUCCAUUCAUCCUGACUCUGGCACAGACAAGACCCUGUAUGAGCUCUCUGAAGCCGAGGAACACUACUCGAUCACAUACCGGCCACAGACGCCCUCACCAAUCAGCACAGUCAGCCAGAGGCUUGGGGCAGGCGUAGGGGAGGAGCCCCCGAUGACUGGUAUUCCAAACUACCCGAGUAGCGUUUGCAGCGGCAGCAGUGGCGGCGGCAGCAGCAGCAGUUGCGGUCCUACCAGCAGCGGCUCGCUGGUUGUGGGGAAUGACGGUCGUUUAGUUGUUGUGGACGAUCACCCUGGAAAGGCACAAAGUUCACUGAUGGAUCAGAUCAGCUGCGUGGUAAACCGUUUCACCGCCAACAUCUCCGAGCUCAACAGCAUGAUGUUGUCAUCCUCUCCAACGCACUCACACACACACAAACACACGCCUCCCCCUCCUCACCCCGUCGACCCAUAUCUGUUGCCCCAUGAAAUCCAGAUGCCACCGACCCUCACCACCUACGCUGACGUCCAGCCCCUCCCACCUGUCGAGUCCAGCUUCGGGGGCCGGAGUGGCUGCCUUGCACACCCUAUUCCUCAUUCGCCUUACCCCCUGCCGCCUCCUCACGCCCAGAUCUCACCUUCUCUCUCCCCCAUGCGAGGAGGCCUGAUCACCUGCCCCAGCAAUUCCCCUCUGAGGGGGGAGUUGGAAGAGGAGCUUAUUGCUUUGACUCCGCCGUCGCCUUUCCGCGAUUCCUUGGCAUCUAGUAGUAGCUCACCUAUCUCAGAGACGGAUCUGUGUCUUCCCCCAGUCCCGUCCCAUCCUCCCCCCUCUCCCCCUUCGCCUCGGUACAGCAGCCUGACACUCAGAAACUACAACCAGAGUUCAUCCUCACUGUGAGGCAGAGAUAACAAGUAAAGAAAACACAGAAUUGAAGAGGAGUGCUCAUAAACAACACGGUCAAAAUGAGUAAAGAGUAUGGGAGGAUGGAAAGGCUGAAAUCCAUUCCACCCUACGUGGAGUAAAAACCUGAAGUAAAGGAGUCAUGGAGGGCUGGUUGGUGAAGACACCAAGUUGCGACAGUCUGCUGCUGUGUUUGUGUUUACAUGUCUGCAGUGAGAUGCAAGUAUAAGAAGCUUACCCACGUUGUAUUUUCUUAGUGCAGUUUUUCACAAGUGGGGCGGAAAGAACUGCAAAAAGGGCCACUAUGUUGUUUUGGUGUCUGUUAAAUCAGAAAUCAUCAAUCUCGAAGAUCUAGAGCUACGUAUCAUUUAGGUGUUUGGGUAGUGGCCUUAAGGUAACAUGGCUAUCAACUAAUUAGAAUGUGAGUGUGUGUGUGUGUGUGUGUGUGUGUGUGUGUGUGUGUGUGUGUGUGUGUGUGUGUGUGUGUGUGUGUGUGUGUGUGUGUGUGUGUGUGUGUGUGUGUGUGUGUGUGUGUGUGUGUGUGUUUGCUGUAUCUUCGUAAAUGAGAUGUAAUGGCAACAAGACAGCAAAGAGUAUUGAUAAGGUAAGCCUCCUAAAGCCUGUACUGACUAAACAAAGGCUAUCAAAGGGCACAUAUAUAUUUGCUACACAUACACAAACACACACACAAAGGUGUGAGCACAUACAAAAAUACAAAGGGAAAAAACACUGUAAAUACAUGAGAGCUCAUGGAUUUUUUCUUAGGUGAUAAAAUCCAACAUGCUUCUGGAAAAAAAAAAGUGCAUUGUGCUAACGUACCAGACUGUAUGUUACUCUGAAGAACUCAAAAUUAUCUUUUUAUUCAUUCAGCUCUACAAUCUGUUCCCUCUACAUAGCAUUCUUUUCCUCAGUCCCUCUUUCUCUCGCUGCUUUCUUUGAUUCUGCCAGUAUGUCAGUUUGUUUUCUUCAGAAGUUUGAAUGUAUAUUUUCUACAUCAUUCAGUAGUAGCUAAAGCAGUUGGGACCAAACCUUUUGUACCUCUCUGUCUGUGACUCGAGAAAGAGGGUGAGGAGGGAUUGACAAGGCCAGGCCUUGUUUUACCAUAAACAUCUUAGUCAUUAAAAUUGUGUUCAUGUGGAUUAUUGGUAAAAAUCUCAAAGCUUAUUGUGUAACAUUUGACAAACCAUAAAGUAAGGCUCAGCUGGAUCCCACUCUCUGUAAUGAUAGAGCAAAAUGACUUUUGCGCUAUACAAUGUGUUACUUUGUUUCCUCAAAGACAGUGCUUUAAUUCGGAUUAAUCAUCACAAUCAUUUAUUGUGUUAGUGGGCACAGAUUCAAGCUGGGAGAACUUUUGCCAGGGUCAUCUGUUGCACAGGUACAAUUAUAUUUAUGAACUUCUCUACUCUUUUCAGACAAAGAGGGGCAGAACAACAAAAGAGGUCCUUAUCAACUAGACAGAUACGAGAGUGGCAUCAAUCUUCUUAUCUCGCUCUCAGCAAGAAAGCUAAUCAGUGAAUUGCCAAAAUGUCAAUCUGUUGUUUUGAAAUAAGGCCUCAAGAGACUAAUCUCAAAUGUCAUAAUUCCUGGAUUGGGAAAAAUGUUGUGAGUGAACGUAAUCCAAGUGGUAAUCACAUUAUUUUUCAAAAGGUAUUUGGCAAUAGUAGUAUAUGAUUGCAAUAUUCAAUAUGAGAUGUUUAUACAAUCAUAAAUGUCUGUGUAAAUGGGUAAACAGAACUUGCAAAAGACUGCAAAACUGUUCUAACUAAUCUAAUUUGGCUAUUUAAAUUUUGAGUUGAAAAUGUAUGCCGUUAAAUGGAAUAUAUUAUAUUCACAUGUGCCAACAUUUAUUAAAACAGAAUUUGUGAGUACCCAGAAUAGUACUGGGAUAUAAAAAACAAUGUGCCAAAGAAUGCAUUCACUAAGAUGCUUUUGAGAAAGUGGGCCCUGGCUUUGUGACAGCUUCCUCCACAGAGGAAAGACUCACAAACAUAUUGAGAUAUUUUGUUUGAUGAAUACAGCAAAGACAUGGACUAGUAUAUCUGACUUCAUUAAAGAUAAUUAGACUUUUGGUAUCACAGCAAAUCAAAUCAGUACAUCACUUUAAAAUGUUGCCUGUGUAUUAUUGUCCAUCAUGAUCUCCAUGUUUUUUGCGGCUGACCGAUGCAGAUGCAGUCCAGUGUCUGAUUUCUCCUUGUGAGUGUAGUAUUUGUGUUCUACAGUAGCCAGCAAGAACAAACUCAGACAAAGGGAUUCUGUAAAUAAUAAGGGCAUGCAAAGACAGUUCUGUUUUGUUUCAGAUGAAAAUAAAUUUAUUACAUAUCAACAAAGGUGAAAAAAAUGAAGAAAAAAAAAACAUGUUUUUGAACUAUGUUAUAACAUACAGUACCAAUAUGUGUUACGACUAAGAAACUGUGUUACUACUCUGAAUGUGUGAGUGACCAUUCCUAUUCAAAUGUCUUGUAAUUCAACAUUAUAAUAUUAUGAAUAUUGUGCCAAAGGGGUUAGGGAGGGUCUAUCUUACUAGCUUGUGGGUAAAUAAGUGGUUUCAUAAAGAAAUUUAAAUGUAAAACUGUUUCUAUUGUUUUGGAUAUUUUCUACAUAAAUACUCCACACUUUCCAGUGUAAAAGCAAUAGUAUCCAUUCGUAUUCAAGGUGCACAUCUGAAGGGUUUCUUAAAACAGUCUUUUAGAUUGUUGAUCUCUUUCAUCUUCUCUUAAUCUCUGGUUGACUAUAGACCUUUUUCACAGCAGACAUUUUGACUUGUCAUAGUAGGAAAAGCACAGCUCAAAUUUAAAACCUUAACAAUGGCUCAAUUCCAUCCAGAGUCCCAGUAAGCUAUUUCAGCAAGUCAGCAUGCACAUUACCAGGGUCUCUCCUAAGUGGAAUGCAGCCAUCAUUAAAGGUUUUGAAUACACCUGUGCUUUUUCUACUAUGACAUGUCAAUAUUUCUGCCGUGAAAAAUGUAUAUUCAGCAAGGAAGAUGGCAGGUAGAUGAGUAGACAUUUUUCUUUAUUUAAUGAGAGUGAUACAUUUAGUAAUUCUAGUAACAAAGAAAGUGUUGUCUUUUCAACUCCGGGCUUGUAGUUCCAAACUUUUAGUUAAUUAAGACCAAACUUGGUCUGGUGUGCUCAAAGUAGUUGCAGUAUCAUGUCUCUACAACAAGACAAUAAACUUCUUCUUUGGUCCCAAAUGAAAAAAAGAAGUGGGUAUGUACAAUCAGCAUCUGGAACUUUUGCUUAUGAGAGGGUUCUUAUGUACACAGAGAAAAGCAUGAAAGGAGAACUGUUGAUCCUAAUUGUUGAUAUAAUUGGUUCUUGUCUCAAAGUGCUGUCUGUGUACCAUUACCUCUACGUCUACUCAUCUCAUUUUAAUAAUCGAGGCCCUGACCUGUUGUCAGACAAUGAACCAGGGUUGUUGCUGAGAUGUUAUCGGGGAGAGGUUGUUUUGUGUGCUGCUGUCGCUGACAGUGUUUAAGACAUGCUGCGAGAGGAACAGGGAGCUUGCUUCAGCACUUCAGCUGCGUGUUCUCAGCCCCCCUGGGGGAGGCUCGACAGUUGUGUGCUACCUCUGCAGAAAAAGACUGGAUCAGGGCUUUCAUCUACUGCUGUCUUUUAUUCUCUUUAAGGGCUCAGUUCUGUGACAUCUUAUAUUAAAAUCAAGUAGUCAUUAAAAAGGACUUUGCUUGUAAGGGUACCGGCUUGUUAUAACAUUGGCAGAGAAUCAUGGCCUCAUUGUAUAUUUAGUGUAAAAAAAAUAAUGCAGGUAUUGACUUGUAAGAUCAACAUAAACUCACAGAACCACAGGGAGAUAGAAAUUAAUUGUUGAUAGUCAUAUAUUGUAGCAUACCAUUUCAGGCCAUGUUACAUUUGAAUCCAAUUUCUUAAGUUAGUAAUCGUCCCUGUAUGGAAACAAAAGAAGUCAAGCGACAAUGCUAAUGCAGACAGGAUAGUUUGCUUUCUGCACUGACGUCAGUGCUCCACAUUUUACCUGAAGGAUCACAAAAAGCUACCACUCAUAAUAAUCUGGGGUGAUCUCAGUAAUAGAUAUGUCCCCUCAUAUUCAAGCCAAAACAUGAUGAUGAUGAUGAUGAGUAAAAUCUUCACCAGGAAGAUGAUCUCCUGAUGAUUUCUAACCAAAUUGCUCUUAUUUUAGUAAAUGCACUCUAAAGAAUUGGAUUGAUAAUCCCUACACUCAAAAAGACUUUUAAUCCAGACGUGCUCAUCUGCUGAUCGGAGCAAAAAAAUGCACAAGGUCAUUUAUAUUAUGCUUUGUAAAUACAAAUAUAAAAUCAGUCCCCGGUUCAUAGCCAUGGUUGUUUCACAUAAUUCCCUCCAGUGUUUUUCAAUCCUGCAUUUUUUUAUGAAGCAAUAUCAUUUAGUUAUGGAUGCAGAAAUCAGUAACUGUAGGCAGAAUGGGAAUGUACUGAUGAGAUGUGAUGGAGCAGCUUCUCCCACUGCCCUGCCUGAUUGUUUGAUUUGAUACAGAAAACAGAACUAUGUUUACUGUGUAAACACCACAUAGACAUAUGGUUGUAUACGCCGUCAGGGCAGGCUGGGAGAAGUUUGUUUUUCCAGCCCGCUGUCGCAAGCUCUCACCUAACUAGAAAUGUGUCGUGAUGAACACCUUUGUGAGUGUAAUUUGGUAGAUAUUACAUAUUGUUUCUUGCCUUUUUAACAGUGCAAUUAGUAAAUCACAAGAUGCGUUUGUGAAGUAAGAACAAAAGUCUUAGGGAGGUGUUGAGUAGAGCUGGGUAUUGACAUUCUUGCAUACAUUGAGGCUGAGCUCCACCCCCCUUUUCCCUCUAUUUGCAAAGCAGUAAAUCCCUUCACAUUUAUGUUACUUUGUUUUUUCUUUUUCUUGCACACUAAUCAGAAGAAAUCAAUUAGCAGCAUGGAUUAAUUCCUAAUGACACACAUCCCUAAAUGCUUCAUUCAAUUUUGAGAAAAUUGGUUAUUUAAUAGUUAGGAAAAAUUUUUGAUAGCAAAAACAGUACAGCAACAGGUAUUGACAUAACUUUAGAUAGAUAGAACUUUUCCCAUGUUGAAAAUAGCACAUUCUUUAUUGGAUGACUCCACUUUUGCUGCAGCCAGUUUACUGAAACUUCUGGCCCGGGGGCUGACUUCUACAUGUCUUAGGAAUCAUCAACAGUAUUUUUGUAAGUUUGUUAGAAGCUGCUAAUUUGAAUGUUGCUUUUUAUAACAGAGUAAAGAGCUUGUGUGUUUUAAUAUGGGGUUGUUUCCUCAGCCAACAGAGUGAGAUGAUUUUAGGUAGUCGGUGUAGGUUGUAUAGUGCAGAGGAGAUGGAGGUGCGUUAUAGGAAAUUAGAUACUAAUUGUAUUAUAUUGAUUAGAAGUAAGAGAAGUUUGUGAAUGUAUUCAUUUGGCUUCUGGAUUUAUGAAAAGGUUGAGCCGGUCUGCGUGUGUCUUUAGGACAUUGUUGUUUUGCAUACAGAGCAGGCAAGCUGCAAAAUUUACAGUAUUGUGAAAUAAUUGUGAAUUGUGAAAUAUAUUUAGUGAAACAAACUCAUGUUUAUAUUUAUAAGACAAUUAAACCAAACUAAGCUGUGUGUGAAAAGUCAGAGAACGUGGGUUUAUGCUGUGUGCUUUUUAUAUUGUUCAUAGAUUAUCUUGUUUGGAUUACUCGUUGUGGACACAAACAAACAAAAUCCCCAUUAAUGCCCCAUGCUUUAAAUUUCGAUGAGAUUCUAUUUGGAGUGUUAGAGAUAUCAAUAAGGAGAUGAAUGUUGCCUAGAAGUGAUGUUUACAAUCCUACUCCUUAUUUGAGAUAUUCAAUGAAUAACAUUACUGACUCAGUUGUGUUGACAUUUUACACGCUUGUAAGCAAACGUACAUGUUUGGGGAUUUUUUCGGGAACGCAGAGGUGGAUAUUCAAGCCGAUAACAAAUGUAACUUAUUCUUGACAAAGGCAGCUCAUCUGCAUAUAAAUAAAGGUGUUGUGUUCAAACCUCUUUACGACCCAGGUUUAUCAAAACUUUAACCGAGCUCACUGGAGCAGCUAGUUUGGGCUUUGUUUUGAUAAAAAGAAAAUGACAAUGUGUUACCAUAAAUGCACUUAAAGGGAAAUGGAAUGAGCUGAAUUCCCUAUAAUGAUUAUGUAGUUGUCAUUUUAGAAAUAUUUAUUCACUUCAGGCAGAAAAUGGCUAUUACUAAAGUGAAAAUGUUUGAUAAAUGUAUAGUAGUUAUUUAUUUAAAAAAUAACCACAAAGUCAGGCUGGAAUUGCAACACAUCCCCAGACUCCAGUGUUUUUUUUUUAUUCACAGUGUUGUUAACAUAAGCUCAUCCACUCAGUGCCAACUUUCUCUUAUCUUUUAUUUCAAGUGCUACUGCAUUUUUGACCAGGGGUGGAUAAACACUACAUACUUUUGGUUAAACUGAAGUCAUGUCUACAUGAAAAAAUAAAAGAUUCAAAUGAAUUGUGUUUUUCGUAAGUUGUUGAACAAUGGCAACAUUGUGUAAAUGUGAUAAAGAUGGCUUAAAUUCCUCGUUUUCUAAAGGGACCCUUGUAGAGAUUAUCCACCCUCCGGGAGAUUUGAUCGUUACUGAAUUACUUUUAAUGAACAUGACUUUGUUAAAGCUUUGUUGUUUUGUUUUUCCUCUGAUUUUCAGAACUGUAGAAUGUAAUUUGAUGCUUUAUAUUGGUGUGAUAAUGGAAGAUGGUUUUAUAUUUGGAUAUUUGAUUCUCUAUUUAAUAUUUUCACUCAGCUUUGUGAAAUAUCAGAAUAUACUCUAUGGCUCUAGUUGUUUGGAAAAUACAGUAUGUUUUGAAGUUGCUUCAUGGUGAGAGUUGAUGACGGGUGGGUGUGGGGGGGGUAAACAUCUACUUCAGGAACAUUUUAUGUUAAAUUACUUUUUUUGCCCACAAAUUAGCUUUAGAUGAGGCUCAGUCAUUACAUAAUUAGACAAGAUGUUUUACUCCCAGAACGGUUUGAUAACUGAAUUGCUCAGAUUGUGCCACAGUAGGAUUCAAACAGGAUUCAACAUUGUUUUGUCACUGACACUGGAGCCUUGUUCACAGGCUUUUUAGAGGCUCCCAACAGACCUGGCAGCAAGAACAAGCUCAGUUCUGGCCAAACAUAGUUCUUCUCAUCUCCCAAUUAAUGAAUCUUUAGCUUCUCACUCCAAAUUGGCCCUUGGCAAUGCCUGUAAAAGCAAAUAUCUGGGCUGAUCUGUGGCCAUUGGAAACAGUAAAGAGAAAGCAAAUGGGCAGUGUUAACAGGAUGCUCCCUGUGCAUUUAAAAUAUACAGUGUUUAUCAGAGGACACAAGAAACAAAGAGUAGGGAGAUUUUUAGAAGAGCCUGGGGAAAGGGUUUACAUAUACAUUAUAGGUGUAUGUGUUUUAUCAUUUUCAAUUGUUCUGGAGCAAUAAAAAACAUUUAAUAUUGUGUGAUUAAAAGUAUAAUAUGCAGUAUUUUCCUAAAAAAUCAUGUUCAGACUAAUACCAAAAUAAUCCCUCUCAAUUAUCACUUAUGACCCACUAUAGGUGUGUGGCGGUCUCUGUAUCUGCAGACCUCGCCCCUCUGCCUCUAUUUUGUCUUCUUAUUUUUCUGUGUGCGGGAUUUUAUUGGGCUCUAGUCCUGGGUUCUCAUUCCCAGGUUUGUCCUUGGUGUCUCAUGUGACGCUCAAGUGUAUGACACACAGGAUGAAGCUCUGCAAUCACGGGAAAUCAGGCAAUGCCUCUCUUUCCUGCGACGUGUGGGUGUGUUUAUUUGUGCUUUAGAAUGUAACCGCCGUGAAACCAUCAGAAAAUAAUGUUUUAUUCCUCUGAUUCAGGGCUUGUUUGACACUCCCUCUCUUCAUUCCCUCUCUAGCUCGCUUGACCACUGCUUUGUUCUUUCUUUCUGUCUCUCUCUCUCUCUCUCUCUUUCUCUCUGGUUAAUUGAUGUGGGUAGGGGGGGCAAGUUAAACGCUGUGUUCACAAACACCAAUCAACAAAAGCUAGACUACGUAUUAUACCUUUUCAAGUACUCGCUAACAAUCCACUUAUUUAUCUUAAAUUAAAAUCCC